GUCUGUCUCUCAGCAGGGGGGGUGUGUAGGUGGCAGCGUGGAACGCCUGGAUCUGAAAGGUGAGCGAUUAGACCACCGCUCCUGUGAAGCUCUGGAAGCCGUCCUGAAAUCGUUGCACUUUGAUUUCAUCAAUCUGCAGGCAGCCCAACUGGAGGAAAAUGGAGCAUCGUCCUUGCUGGAUAUGAUUUUGUACUACGAAUCGACAACAUAUCUUGACAUUUCUGACAACGCCAGCAUGGGAACAUCGGCUUGGAGGGCCCUUGCUCAUUUAAUAAAGCAGAGUGUGCGUCUGUCCCGGCUGGAUGUGUGUAACGUCAGUCUGGUUGACUAUCCGGCCCGGUCUCUUUCCAAGGCUCUGCUGACCAGCCGGCUCUCAGUGCUGCACCUUCACAACGCCCAGCUCAGCGGCACGCCACUGUUUACACUGGUCGGUGCGUUGAAACAUAACCGAGCUUUGCAAGAACUUCACCUCACCAACAAUCUUCUGAACAGCUACCAGGAUGCCAUGCAGCUGGGAGACCUGCUGCGCUUCAACACCACCAUCCAUACUCUGGAGCUCAGCAACAACAUGGUUGCAGAUGCCGGGUUGGAGGAGCUGUGUGAUGGUCUGUCAAGACAGACAGAAGGUCUGAAGGUCUUGAAGCUGCGCAACAACAACGUGACCAAGAGCGGCAUGGAGCAUCUGGCCAAAGCACUGCCAGUGCUGAAGGUCCUGCAGGUCCUGGACUUGGGGGAGAACUCCUUGGGGAACGAGGCUAUCCAGGUGAUCAGGGAGCCCCUGAUAGCAAACAAUACAUUGAAGCAGCUUGGCCUGGCCCAAACAAACAUCACCUGUGAAGGCGCCGUGGCGUUGGCUGAAUUCAUCGUAGAGAGUCGUCAAAUUCACAAACUGGAUCUCAGUCAGAAUCCGGUGAGGCUUGGAGGUCUGAUGGCCCUGAGUCUGUCCCUGAGGAUCAACCGGUCUCUUGCUUUCCUGGAUGUGAAUCCAGUUUCUCUAGAGGAACAGGACGAGUUCCUGCUGGAGAUGCAGAUGAAGCUUCAAGCAGAGAUCACGCAGCGCUGUGUCGCCAAUGCCAGCCGCCUCGGCCUCCAAACGGAGAACUCUGAGACCUGAGCGGACAAACUCGCACACGGAAAAACUCAGAGCAAAUAUUAUCCGUCUAAUCAUAAGUAAAAGACUCAAAAAUCUGGGCAUAAAGUUAGAGUGGGGCUCUUUGAUCGAAACAAACUAGAGCCUGAAGAACCAAAGAACUCAAGGUCAGCAACUUUGUCAAAAUAAAGCCCUAAAUAAGUUAAAGAACACAGACUUUCUUGUGAUAAACUGUUAUCACUACAGCAGAUGUUUCAGGAAACACAAGAACGCCGUUUUUUCCCCCUUUUUAGCUGCUUUGACGUUUAUAAAAAAAAACACAUUUGAUCAACUUUCUCCAGAGAUUUCCUCAAAGUCUGUUCUGUUCCUGUCUCAAUGCGAACAGAACUUCUUGCUUCAAACAGAAAAGUUGUAGAUUUUGUCAUUUGCUUUAAGACUCUUCAACAAGUGCACAAAUUUCAUCUGAAGUUCAGUUGUAAAUAUUUGGGCUUAUCCUAGUUGUUGUUACAUGUUUUCUUGGAUGAUGAAUGAAAUGAAAAUCAGUUACUCUUAACUGUAUUCUGUUAAAAUGUUCUUUUUUUUCUCCCAUACAUGUUUUGGUUAAAUCAGUCAACAUGUUUUAGAUUGCUGUUUCUCCUGACAAAUUGCCUCUUUUUUCAUCACUGAUUCACUCAUUCAAGCAAACUGAGUGAAUAAAGUGAUGAUGCUGUUGGAUUCGCCUCCUUGUGUGAUUGACACCCACCUCAGGAAAACGUAUUGACUGUUUAUAAGGACUAAGUGACCCCCUCCCCCCUUGUAUAUUCUAAACAGGAAGUACCUGCCGGCUCCAAGAAGCCAAAACCCCAUAGACUUCUGUUGUACCGUAUUUGUAUUUAAGUUUAGCCUCAAAUACAAAAGGGGUUUAUACAAAUAUACACCUCCUGUGUCAGAAGA